GAUGACGUCACGACGGAUGUUUUGCUAAUGGUUAGCCAGUCGGCUAACUUUGUCUUAUAGUUGAGUUCUUAUUCUAAUCUCCGUGGAUUUGUCAAAUAAAAACAUCGGCUCUGCGGAAUAUUUUAAGUAAAUGUAAAUUCUGGGUUAAAAACAAACAACAGAAACGGAGACAUGAACGGGAGUACGAAUCCGCUGCUGGACAAAGAGGAGCAUGUUUUGAAGCUCGGAGAAAGCUUUGAGAAGAGGCCAAAAUCUUCCUUUCACACCAUCAGAUAUGACUUCAAACCAGCAUCCAUCGACACGAGCUGUGAGGGAGAACUACAAGUUGGGAAAGGAGAUGAAGUUACCAUAACGUUACCUCACAUUCCAGGCUCCACGCCUCCCAUGACAGUAUUCAAAGGAAACAAGCGGCCGUACCAGAAGGACUGCGUGCUCAUCAUUAACCACGACACCGGAGAAUUCGUACUGGAGAAGCUGAGCAGCAGCAUCCAGGUCAAGAAAACCAGGGCGGAGGGCAGCAGUAAGAUCCAGGCCCGGAUCGAGCAGCAGUCGGUCCGGUCCAGCCAACCCAGCUCUCAGUUCCGGGCCCCCACGAAGCCGGGGGUCGGGGUAAAGACCUCCCCGUCUCCUUCUAAGGAUAAUCCUUCCCCGGAGCCGCAGCUGGACGACAUCAAGAGAGAGCUGCGAGCAGAGGUGGAGGUGAUAGAGCAGAUGAGCAGCAGCGGCAGCAGCAGCUCCUCUGACUCGGCCAGCGCCUCGGGGAGCGGCGACGACAGCAGCAGCAGCGACGGAGAGCACGACGCCCCCCCACGACCGCUCAGCCAGACCUCCCCCAACCGCCACCCCAUGGCCAACGGAGGAGCCGACCGGCAGCAGGGCAACAACCAGCUCAUGAACACACUCCGAAACGACCUUCAGCUCAGCGAGUCGGGCAGUGACAGUGACGACGACUGAACUUCCUGUUGGUCAGUCUCUCUCUCUCUCUCUCUCUCUCUCUCUCUACACUCCUCCUCCCUUCAGCCUGGUUCACUUGUUCCUUUGCUGUGAUCGCUGACCCCAGCUGUAUAUCUUUUGGUUUGACUGUAUUUUUUCAUUUUUAUUUUGUAGUAUUAUAUCCUUAAAGCUGGCCAGCCUGGAACUUUUAAGAGUGUAUUUUUAUUAGAUGUAUAUUUUGUUUUGUAUAGCAAAACUUUAGAAGAAGAAGAAGAAGAAGAAACUUUUACUUGAGAGGUAUGGAAGAAUAUAUAUUAGAGUGCACAUACAUAUUUUCUGUACUUAGAGCAGCUAGUUUUAUCUACUUGUAUCAUCUCUUGUCUUUAGGAGACAAGGAAGAGAUUUGUUUCGCCCUUCUUCUCCGCUCGUCUCUUCGUUUAUCAGAGAAGGUCGUGGGAAGCCUCUCCUUAUCGUUGUCACGUUUUUUUAUCAGUUUGCUGAGAACAUAUAAAAAGUACAGAAUUGCAAAGAUAGUCUGCAACAAAUCAAAUUAAAAAAAAAACACAACAGUUUGUUUAUCUAGUAUCCGUUGAGAUUAUGAUGCUCCGCGCCGUCCUAAUCUCAACUGUAGUUUCUUAGUGAUAGUUUUAAACUCUUUGCUGGUCUUUUUAGAAAUUCAUCUUAAUAAGGUCUCAAGCUUCUGUCAGAUGACCUUCAUUAAGGGAUAAGGCCGGUGCUAUUCUAUAUGUUUCCUUAUUGUCAACAAAACCC